AUGAGCCGCUGGCACAGUUCAAGCUGCAAACGGCCAGAUGUCAGUGUGGCAAGUGGUAUUCCGUGUUGCAAUCAGUGCUUCGCCAUUGCUAUCAUCGAGCAGGAAACAAGACUCACAGAUUCACCACUGCCACUGAACGACCUAUCUCAUAUUUCUCUGUGGCCAUCAUGUCCCGAUUCAAAUAGCCUAAAUAUAUCAGAGGAAAGCACAGAACAUGGCGACAGCGAACCUCGGACAGACUAUCAAGAGAUUGCAUUCCCGACACUGCCCUCCAAAGAUCACAUACGACUUGUAAGGUUGAAUGCUGGCCCUUUCGAUAGUAUGCUUCAUGUUGACCUGGAAGUGGUAAACAUCCACAAUUGUCCAGCUGAAUCAUUUGAAGUCUUAUCAUAUGCCCCAGCCAACGAAAACGAAGACUCCGACAAUCCCCACGUUGUCUUCGUAGGCAAGUACUGGGACAUUGUUCAUGUAUCAUACAAUUGCCAACAGGCGCUUCGCUUUAUUCAAAACCAGGAAUUUGAUCGACUCUUAUGGGUGGACUCAUUAUGCAUCGAUCAUGCUAACCUCAAAGAAAAAAGUCAACAAACCUCCUUGAAACGAAAGAUCUGCCAAAAGGCGUCUAAAGUCCUUGCCUACUUGGGUGAAGAAACAUCCGACAGUCGAGAAGCUUUGGAAUUUCUCAACAACAUCGCUAUAACAGGCUCCGAAGUGAGCACUGGCCAUGAGCAUAUAAACAAAGAUACUCGGAGAGCUUUGAAAAUUCUUCUAGAAAGACCAUUGUUCACCAGAUUAUGGUUCCUUGUCGAAGCGUUACUAGCUCGGAAUCUUGAUUUACUGUGCGGUGCACAUUCAGCUCCAUGGCCUAGAGCGCCUUUUGCGUUGGCUCAUGAAGACGUUCCUAUACCCGACUGGCUUUUCCGGAAGGAACACUGGUACGGGCUUAGUGAUCGUGAUCUUUUACCCAUAUUAGCCCGAGCAUCCUCUUACGAAUAUUCCGAUCCGCGGGACAAGGUAUUUGCCGUGCUUAGCUUGAUAUCCCAGAGUGAACUUAGACCCGACUACACCGUUUCCGUUGAAAGUGUAUACACUGGUCUAUCUGCAUACCUUAUCAAGAUUUGCAACACCAUGGAUGUUCUCGAAUUAGCUGGCCUAACAGUAAAGACAUUCGACGUCCCCUCCUGGGUCCCAGACUGGUCGCAAGCAUUAUCCACGACCGCUACAUCCAUUCCAACAAACAACCAAAGACUCAACCGAAAGCACAAUAAAGUCUCGGGCUCAGGUCGCGUAAUUUUCCGAUCCUACCUUGCCUUCGACUGUGAGAGCCACCUGAGCGCAGCUACGCCUAUCCUGCGCACUUCUGCUAUCAAAAUAUGCGAGUUAAGGGGCAGUAUCAAGCGUGGUCCAACUCGUGUAAAGAUCAGAAUGGCGCUUGAUGAAAGAGCAACUCUAUCGGUUUCCUUCCCCGAUCGAGGAUAUAAGCAAGGGCAAGAUAGCUUGUUCCUUCUCGGUGGAUACAACAACCCUGUCAUUCUCAGAGAAGAUUCUGUCACAGGCUCCUAUCAUUUCGUAUCGACCUGCGCCCUUUCGCUCAGACAACCUCCUACCAAUAGAUGGCUGCUGCCUUGGGCCAGUGAAAGGCCGAAUGAGCGGUAUAUCGUCUCAGAACUGUCUCCAGAAGAGAAUAGUUUGAUUCGAGAAUUCCAUCUGCUCAUGGAACAAACUACCCAACAAUCUGUUCCCUUAGGCGGCGAUGACGAAAUUCCCAUUCCCUUCGCCAGCAUCAGAGACAGAGUCUUUAACUUUUCUCUACGGCUGCAAAGCCCGUUGCCGAAGCUUGAGAAACGAUUGUGGGAUAAAUGGGAAGAUUCAAACAGAGAGUUUGGCUGGAUGUUCCGUGAUCAACAUGCAACAUGGCAGUUUCUUCGACAAGUCAAUUUCUUGGAAAUUCCCGGGAGACAGGGAGAAUUUGAGAUACUAGUGGACAAGUUCGAUGACAUCCAGACUACAUUGUAUUGCGGUGUGAAGUUGCCUUGGACAUAUUCAUGGGAUCUCAGUCGAUUCAUCUGGUCGUUUUUACGACCUUUGAGUCCAGAACAAGCGGCUCAAGGACCACAAUGGACUCCAAUGCUGGGAAGGAUGAUGACGGCUCUUCCUAAGAUUAUAGGAUGGGCAGAAACGACGGAACAGCUAUUGACUUUGUUUGAAUAUAGUCAAACUAUAAUUGGCGCCAGCUGGGAAUCAUUUCCUGGUAAUGGACUACCUCAGAAGUGGAUUGAUCUGUACGAAAAUUUCUACAAGAUUCUGGAUAUGGAUAUAAAUAACUUCAAAGCAGACCUGAGGACAUCACUGGAUUCAUCCUGUCACUGGGACAUACGAGAUUUCGAAUAUAAUGCCCGAGCUAGAUGUCGUCUAUGGAAUCUCAACCUACCUCCCGAACUAGAAUCGAGAAGUGCUAGUAAUAUAGCAGUGCAUGCGGGCUUCAGAUCUUUAAGACUGGAGUUAUAUGACGAGCAGAUAGUUGACAUCAUGUGA